AUGGGUUCCGUCGUCCUCCCCCAUCUCACCACCGGCUGGCACGUCGACCAGGCCAUUCUCAGCGAGGAGGAGCGCCUGGUGUGCAUCCGUUUCGGUCGCGACUGGGACCCGGACUGCAUGCGCCAGGACGAGGUGCUCUUCAAGAUCGCCGAGCGCGUCAAGAACUACUGCGUCAUCUACCUGUGCGACAUCGACCAGGUCCCCGACUUCAACCAGAUGUACGAGCUGUACGACCCCUGCACAAUCAUGUGGUUCUUCCGCAACAAGCACAUGAUGAUCGAUCUGGGUACCGGAAACAACAACAAGCUCAACUUUGUGCUCGAGGAUAAGCAAGAGCUGAUCGACAUCUGCGAGACCAUCUACAAGGGCGCCAAGAAGGGUCGUGGUUUGGUCGUCAGUCCCAAGGACUACUCUACCAGAUACCGAUACUAG